AGAGAGAAGGGAAGGGAAGAAGAGGGAGAUUUUGAAGAGAUUUGGCUAGUUGCAGUGGAUGACCGAAUACUGGAUUUUUGGGGGGUCCGUAGAAUAAAUAAAUAAGUUGCUAUAAUAAAGGUCUCCCAUAGUUUGUCAAGAGGAUAUAAUCUCACGGGAUAAAAGAGGAAGGAAGGAACAACGAAAGAUAAGGGGAAAGGACUAUUACAUAGAUUAAACAUUAUAUUGUGUCGGUUUUCUUUAGGCUAUUCUCCACUUGUCUCUUAGACCAAAUUGAUCAAAGACGGGAUAACUAUUCGCCGUACAUAACCAGUUCCUAGCCCGCGGGUUAUAGUGCGUUCCCAGACAUGGUUGCAGGUCCUCGCUGCACUCGAUAAGCACCCGUUCAUUGAUUUCACAGGCUCGAGUCCCUCGGCUCAGGUGUGUGUGUUUGUUGGUGUGUGUGUUUGUAUACGGUGGAGUGGAGACGGUGGAGACUGGACGGGAGGUGUAAGAGCCAGCGACCUGGGACAGUUCCCGGUUUUCCGAGAAAGACUUUGAGCGGUGAGAUGAAUAGAAGAUGGACUUCAACGCAAGGGGCAUCGCCUGUCUUCCUCCUCUCUAUACUCCUCUUCAUCAACGGUUUUCACAAGACGACGGCGGUCCCAGCAAACAAUCUGGUUGACGUUCUGAGGAUACUGGACCUAUCAGAGGAUAUGGAGGGUGUGUCCCUGGAGGCGGGGCUGUGCACAAGUAGAGUAGGAAGAGAAGAGACGGACAUCUCCCUGAAGAUCAACAAGAAGAUACAACUCAGUGUCCCUACGAAACAGCUGUUUCCAGAGGGCCUGUUCCCGGUGGAUUUCUCCGUUCUGGCCACGGUGCGAGCGCGGCGAGGUGCCCAGGUCUUCCUGCUGUCACUGUACGACACCCAGGGGACCCAACAGCUGGGCCUGGAGGUGGGGCGCUCCCCCGUCUUUCUGUACGAGGACCAGCACGGCCGGCCCCCUCCGGAACUGUACCCCACCUUCAGGAAGAUUAACCUGGCUGACGGCAAGUGGCAUAGGAUAGCGUACAGUGUGGAAGGCCAGUUCGUAACUUUGUAUUUAGACUGUAAGAAAGUGGAGAGCCUGGAGCUGCAGAGAGGUCAUGACCCUGAGGUCAGCACAGACGGGGUCACUGUGUUUGGGACUAGACUUCUGGACGAUGAGGUCUUCGAGGGAGACAUCCAACAGCUGUUGAUCAUACCCGACCCGAGAGCUGCAGAGACCUACUGUCAAGAUUACAUUCCCGACUGCCACGCCCUCUUGCCCUACGACAGCCUGACACGAGAAACCGAGGAGGAGGUGAAGCCUUUCAGGAGACCCAGGGUGGAAGAGUUUGAUGAGAUUGACUAUGAUCUCUCAAUGGUUACCAUAGCGCCUAACAUCACGGAGUAUGAGAUCAUCGAGUAUGAAGACUAUGACAAUGGGACAGAUGAGUACCAUGUCAGAGAGUACGAAUACGAGGAAGAAUUUGGCGAUCGCUACGGAUUGGCUGAGAGAGAGGGGGUGGACACAUGGAAUGGACAGGAAAGAACAGAGAAAGGAGAGAAAGGAGAACCUGCCUACCUCGGAGCAGGCACCUAUUUCACCGGACCAGUGGGUCUUCCAGGACCAGCGGGUGAACCAGGACCACAGGGGCCCACGGGACUGGUGGGACCUCGAGGAGACCUGGGAGAACUGGGUCCUUCAGGUCGGCCAGGUCUCAACGGGGCUGAUGGGAUACCAGGUCCUCCAGGAAACAUUCUGAUAGUGCCAUUUCAGGCUGGUGGUAAACAGCUAACAGGACCAGUGGUAUCGGCCCAGGAGGCUCAGGCUCAGGCCAUCCUACAGCAGACCAAGCUUUCUAUGAAGGGACCCCCUGGGUCAUUGGGUCUUAGAGGUCGUCCAGGACCACUGGGCAACCCGGGACCACCAGGGCUGAAGGGAGAGGCUGGCGAGCUGGGGCCGGCAGGACCCAGAGGGAUCUUAGGUCCACCAGGAAUGAAUGGGAAGCAAGGAAAGAAGGGACGAGCAGGGACGGAUGGGAACCGGGGUGCUCCAGGAGAGACAGGUGGAAAGGGGGACAGGGGCUUUGAUGGCCUCCCAGGUCUACCGGGCCACAAAGGCCACAGGGGGGAGACGGGAAAACCCGGGCCUCAUGGUACUGUCGGGAUUCCAGGAGAGAGGGGUUCAGAAGGACAACCAGGACCAAGAGGACAGCCAGGUGAUGCUGGUUCCAGGGGGUUGAAUGGGCCGAGGGGUCUUCCUGGUCCGCCAGGUCAGCCUGGCAUCCGUGGAGUGGAUGGAAUUCAAGGUUCUAAAGGGAACUUGGGGCCUUCCGGCGAAAUGGGAGCGUCUGGGCAGCAAGGAAACCCUGGUUUUGAGGGCUUCCCUGGAGCACAGGGCCUGGUCGGCUUACCAGGAGAAAAGGGCCCCCAAGGGAAAAAAGGCUUACAGGGACUACCUGGGAAUGAUGGUCCAGCAGGUCAUCCAGGACGGGAGGGGACACCAGGAGAAAAGGGACUUCCGGGCCCAAUAGGAGUCCAGGGACCUGUUGGAUAUCCAGGGUCAAGAGGAGUGAAGGGAGCGGAUGGAAUCAGAGGACUGAAAGGAAGCAAAGGUGAAAAGGGUGAGGACGGGUUCCCUGGCUCUAAAGGAGAGAUGGGGGUGAAGGGGGAUGUUGGGGAUAACGGAGUUCCGGGGUCCAGAGGGGAGGACGGACCAGAGGGACCUAAAGGUCAGGAUGGGCCCCUGGGGGAGGCUGGAGCUGUCGGCAUCGCUGGAGAAAAGGGUAAACUGGGAGUUCCAGGGUUGCCAGGGUAUCCAGGCAGACAAGGUCCUAAGGGUUCAGACGGUUUCCCGGGCUCCCUCGGAGCGCUUGGUGAGAAGGGGAAGAGGGGUCCGGGUGGAGAAGCAGGGGCUGCUGGACAGAGGGGUCCAAACGGUGCGCGUGGAGCCCGGGGUGCCAAGGGACCUACAGGAAAGACAGGGGGAAAGGGUUCAUCAGGACAUGACGGACCAUCUGGACCAACGGGAGACGUGGGACCUCAAGGCCCACAAGGACGGAACGGGGAGUCAGGCCCAAAAGGACCCAACGGUCUGGCAGGGAAGAAUGGACUACCGGGUCACCCAGGUCAGAGAGGGGAGCCGGGUUUCCAAGGAAAGACUGGACCUCCAGGACCAGGUGGUGUGGUGGGGCCUCAGGGUAAAUCAGGGGAGACCGGCUCCUUGGGUGACAGAGGCCACCCUGGUUCCCCAGGCGUACCCGGAGAGCAGGGUUUACCUGGAGCUGCUGGGAAGGAGGGAGCAAAGGGUGACCCAGGUGCAGCAGGGGCUCAUGGGAAAGCUGGACCUCCAGGACUCAGAGGCUUCAGAGGAAGCAGAGGGGCUCCUGGGACCACGGGCCCUGCUGGUCUGAAAGGAGGUGAAGGACCAGUUGGAAAAGCAGGAGCUUUAGGGGCCGCGGGUGAGAGGGGUCCUCCAGGGACAGCCGGUGCCAUUGGUCAGCCUGGGAGGGCGGGGUCUGUGGGUGGACCUGGACCAAUGGGAGAGAAGGGGGAACCGGGAGGUGUGGGUCCCAUCGGACCAGCUGGGCAGGACGGGGAACAGGGACCUCUGGGUCUACCUGGAGCAGCAGGACCCGCCGGCCCCCCAGGGGAAGAUGGAGAUAAGGGAGAGACUGGAGGACCAGGACAGAAGGGCAGUAAAGGAGACAAAGGAGAAUCAGGGCCCCGAGGACCAACUGGCAGCCCGGGGCCAAUGGGCCAGUCCGGACUCCCUGGAGUGGAUGGGGAGGCGGGCCCUCGGGGGCAGCAGGGGAUGUACGGGGCCAAAGGUGAUGAGGGGCUUAGAGGCUUCAAGGGUUCCAAAGGACCCAUCGGACUACAGGGGAUGCCGGGCCUGCCGGGGGAGAAAGGAGAGAGCGGGCACGUCGGCCUGAUGGGUCCCCCGGGUCAGUUUGGUCCCAGAGGGUCCCAAGGACCAAGUGGAGGACAGGGCGCCCUCGGCAUGCCAGGAGGGAUCGGACAACCCGGAGGAAAUGGGGAAAAGGGAGAGGAUGGAGAAUCAGGAGACCCGGGACCUGUUGGCCUACAGGGAGGGAGUGGUGAGAAAGGUGACCAGGGGGAGAAGGGGGACUCAGGUCUCUCUGGCGCUGCAGGACCCCCAGGGGCUAGAGGUCCCUCUGGAGAGGACGGGGCCAAGGGAAACUCUGGUCCUAUUGGUUUCCCCGGAGACUCAGGACAGCCAGGGGAGGCGGGUCCCAAUGGAGAGGAUGGUUCUCCGGGUUCUAAGGGAGAUGCUGGAGAUCCAGGGAAAUCAGGACCACCAGGAGCAUCAGGAGAACCGGGCCCCACGGGGCCUCCAGGACGCAGGGGUCACUUGGGGAAAGUAGGGAAGGAGGGCCGGCCGGGCAUCAAAGGAACCAAGGGCUCUCCAGGGUUGGAGGGGCCUCUGGGAAAGAAAGGGCCAGUGGGAGCUCAGGGGUAUUCUGGGAAAUCAGGUCCUAGUGGACUCAGAGGGAUUCCUGGCCCAGCGGGUGAACAAGGUUUAAAUGGACCACCAGGUGUGACCGGACCACCAGGACCCAUGGGGCCCCCAGGACUACCAGGGUUGAAGGGAGAUCCAGGCAGGAAGGGAGACAAGGGUCAUGGAGGUUUAAUUGGGCUGAUCGGCCCCCCAGGAGAGUUUGGAGAGAAAGGAGACAGAGGACUACCAGGAAACCAGGGGCUGCAGGGGCCCAAGGGAGACCAGGGUCUGGUUGGUCCAGCAGGCCCAAAUGGUCCCCCAGGCCCCCCAGGUCUAUCUGGUGGAGUCGGGCAGAAAGGUUCUAAGGGAAACGCAGGUCCCAUCGGUCCAAGAGGAGAUACUGGUCCUGUUGGUCCUCCAGGACCACCUGGUCUUCCCGCGGUGGGUCUUCAGUCCCCCCCAUUCCAGGAGAGAGGGAGGAGGCGGCGGCAGCACUCUUCAGUUGACGGGUCCACUCUGGAGGAGAAGGAGGAGGUGUAUGAGCCGAUCCCGGCAGGAGAAGAGGAGGAGAUGCAGGCAGACCAGGCCGGUGAGAAUGGAGAGAAGGAGGAAGAGAAGGGGAUGGAGGAGGUUUUUGCUUCUCUCUCCUCGAUGAGGAUGGAGGUAGAGGGUCUGAGGACACCUCAAGGAACCUUCCAGUACCCCGCCCGGACCUGCAAGGAACUGAAGCUGCUGUACCCCAACUCUCCCAACGGUGAAUAUUGGAUAGACCCUAACCAGGGUUGCCAUAGAGACUCGUUCAAGGUGUUCUGUAAUUUCACGGCAGAGGGAGAGACCUGUCUGUACCCUGACAAGAAGUUCCAGUCGGUGAAGCUGGGUUCAUGGAAAGGAGAGAAACCUGGCACUUGGUACAGCCAGUUUAGAAGAGGAAAGCAGCUUUCCUAUUCUGGUUCAGAUGGAAGCCCGGUCCACGUGGUCCAGUUGGUCUUUCUGAAGCUGUUGAGCGCCACGGCCAAACAGACGUUCACCUUCCAGUGUCAGAAUUCUGCCGGCUGGUUCGACACCGCCACCUUUAGCCACCGACACGCACUGCGCUUCCGAGGGAGCAACGGCGAGUUGCUGACGCACCAAGACACACACUACAUCACAGCACUGCGUGAUGGCUGCCAGUCUCGUUCCGGUCAGGAGAUGACGGUGUUGGAGUUUGACGCUCCCCAGUCUGACUCUCUUCCUCUCAUCGACGUCUCCGUCUCCGACUUCGGCAGCAACAACCAGAAGUUUGGCUUCCAGCUGGGCCCCGUCUGCUUCAACGGUUAACGGCAGCCGGCGACGGCUCUGACACACCCAGGAGCGGGUUUGAGACAGUUGACGACGGCUCUCACACACCCAGGAGCGGGUUUGACACAGCUGGUGACGGCUCUGACACACACUUGGAGCGGGUUUGACACAGCCGGUGACGGCUCUGACACACCCAGGAGCGGGUUUGACACAGCUGGUGACGGCUCUGACACACCCAGGAGCGGGUUUGACACAGCUGGUGACGGCUCUGACACACCCAGGAGCGGGUUUGACACAGCUGGUGACGGCUCUGACACACCCAGGAGCGGGUUUGACACAGCCGGUGACGGCUCUGACUCGACCAAGUUGAGAACUAGAGACUUUUCACAGGGAAAACCAGAAAACUGUGCUGAUGCCUCCACAGGAAUUAUAUAGCUGUUAUACCAACACUUAUCAAUACAUCCAUGCAUUCUCUCACUCAUCCAUACAUCAACCAUACAUUUACUUACAUUCAUUCAUUAACCCAUACAUAAAUGAUGUAUUCACUCACUGAAAGACUCACUCACUUCACGUGUUCACCCACGCAUCCUGAAGCCAAAGAAGCACGUCCACAUCUGGGAAACAUUAUCGCAAAUCCUAACUGACAUUAACCGGUUAAUGAGUUGCAUUCAUUCUGCACCAAACGAAACAGACUGACAUGAGCCAGCAUCCUGUAUCAAACCUCACGUUUGUUGUCGUUGUGUGUUUUUAAUUUUAAUUUGUUUGUUUGUUGUUAUAUUUCCAUUGUUAUUAUUGUGAACUGUUUUACUAUGCGUUAUCUGUUAUGUUCUUAUGUAUAUGUGAGUGAUACUCAACCUCGGUGCUACAGUUCUUUACUUGAUUACAUUUCAUUUUAUUAACGUCUUCGUUGUCAAGGGAAUAUGGAGGAAGGCGGACAUUUUGAAAAGGGAAGAUGUCCAUUUUGGAGAAGCCAUCUUGUUUUUAUAUACUGUAUGUACCAUAAUAAUAAUGAUGAACCUGUUUUUUUGUCAGAAGAGAUUAUGAUGUAUAAAAGCCAUUUUAUUCAAAUUUGUGGGGAAAUAAUCAAAUGAUUAACCUAUGUUAAUAAAGAACAGAACACUGGA